AUGUACAACUAAUGCAUCAUUUUCUACAUUUACUCACUGCUUGGGUUGAUUUGUGGGCACUUUAAACCAUGUGGAACAUAAUGCGCAUGGCUAAAUAUAUUGAAUUAUGCUUUUUGAUUGCUGCAAAACGUGCAUUUAUUGACAAAGUUCUAACCAUAUAGAAAUAAACAUUUUUGUUUUAUUGAGUAAGGAAAGUUAAAUGGGAGCGAGUGAUUCCAGUCUUGGCAAAAGACAUGCCUCCCAUCAGGAGAGCGGAUUGGGGGUGGGGGACGACUUUCAUUCCCCAACAUGGACCAUGAACACCAGGACUGGCAGUCGCCGUCCUCCCUUCUUUCAGAUGUUCCCGCAAACAAGCAUGAACUAUGGCUCUUCUGAGAAAAACGCGCUACUCAGAGCCUCCAUCCGCCGCAGACCUUCAGUCUUCCAAAGGUCACUGGAAGAAUGUUGGUGUAGCUAGACAGCCAGAGGUGGAUGAAGUCAUCCCCGUUGUCAUCUGUGCGUCGGAGGAGCGCCUGGGCGCUACCAUGGCGACCAUCAACAGCGUUCGCAGCAACACGGACCAGCCCGUGUUCUUUUAUAUUGUCACCCUGCGGGAUGCCGUCACAGAGACCAGACGUUACAUAGAGGAAACGCAGUUGAAAGGCAUCAAAUAUAAGAUUUUGGAAUUUAAUCCCAUGGUUCUAAGAGGGAAAGUGAAACCAGACUCAUCCAGACCAGAUCUGCUACAUCCACUUAAUUUUGUGCGCUUUUACCUACCGCUGCUUGGGAUUAACCAUAAAAGGGUGAUAUACUUAGAUGAUGAUGUCAUCGUGCAGGGUGACAUCAGGGAUCUGUUCAGGGUCAAAAUGAAGCCCGGACAUGCCGCUGCUUUCGCCACUGACUGCGACCUGCCCUCCACUCAUGAGAUGGUGCGCAGCAUCGGCAUGCAGACAACCUAUAUGGGCUUCCUGGACUACAGAAAACAGGAAGUGAAAGACCUCGGCAUCAACCCGAAUGACUGCUCUUUCAACCCUGGCGUGUUUGUGGCCGAUUUAAGUGAGUGGAAAAAACAGAAGAUCACCAAGCACCUCGAGAAAUGGAUGGAGGACAAUUUUAGGCUAAACAUCUACAGCAGCGCCAUGGCCGGAGGUGUGGCCACUCCGCCCAUGUUGAUAGUUUUCCAUAACAAGUACACAAAGCUGGACCCACUGUGGAACGUCAGACAUCUUGGUUGGAGUCCAGAUGCUCGCUAUUCAGAGAGCUUCCUGCAGGAGGCGCACCUGCUGCACUGGAAUGGCCCAUUCAAACCGUGGAGGUACCCUGCUGUUCACAUGGCUAGUUGGGAGAAAUGGUUCAUCCCCGAUCCUUGCGGGGAGUUUUCUUUGAUAAGACCAGAGAGCGAUGAAUGAUAAAGCUUGUGGAACCAGCGGCCCGCUUGUAACAGUGACUAUAUGAACAUAAAUGUAGAAUCACAUUGGAACCAAUUCGGUACCAAUUCCACAUACCUGGGGAUCGAUACCAGUACUCAAUGGUACCAAGGUGUUAAUAAAUGUAAAUUGUUUGAUAUUAAAAUUUUUUUAACUGACAAUGAUAAAUCUAUAAUGGAUUUUCAUUUAGGCAAUUUCAAGCAUGCCUUCAUUUCAGGUUUUCCUUGCCAGGAAGUAGUCUUUGCCAAUAAGUUGUCUUUUGUUGAGCCCUACAAAGUGCUUAUACUGUGAGUAUUGUAUUAAUUACACAUGUGCAUCUUAAUAUAAAAUUGCUAAUGCUAAUCAGUAGCAUUUAAUGUAUAUGACAUAUCCAAUGAAUUAAUUAAGGGCGUGACCUCUGAGGGCUUUUUUAUUAGGCAACAAAAGUAUGGAACUAAGGCACUCUUACAUUCUAAGUAAAUCGGUACUCGGUGCUACUAAUGGAAUUUGGUUGGUAACUAUAAAAAUACAGAACUCUACUAAUCCCUCCUCAUAAUAUUAUUACACAAUUGCCUAUGUAUUUGAUUAUUUGUAUUUUUUUUUUUAUUCUUGUAUACAAUUUGAUAGAUAACUUGCUUUCAAAUUCUAAGUCAAGCAGAUAUUUUAUUAUUUAUUUUCAUUCUAACAAAAAAAGACCUAGUGUAUCUGUUUACAUACAUUUAAUUUGUUGUAUUACAUUUAUUUUGUGUUGCAUCUCACAGAUAAAUGAUUCUGUAUCCAAUGUAAAUUAUAAUUGUCUUGGCUUAAUUCUUUAUGUUCAGUUUUGCAGUGUUUCAAAUUAAAAGCUGUGUGUCACAGUCAA